UUAAAAGACAACGGUAGCGAACGUGGUGAAGGAAAAUGCAGCCUUUCAAAGAGCGAAUACAUAUAUUUAUUACAUUGCGCUGAAAUGUGUUCACUGUACGCCGUCGAAGUAUAUAUAUACGUCUAUUAUAUUACCAGGAUCGUACUUAUCAGCAGCAACACGCACAAAAAUAUGUCCUACUACCAGCCUUGGGGCUCGAUAGAGAACGGUCAGAUAGAAUUCGAGUCUUUGUCGGACGAUACCUUGGAGGGUGCUCUCAAUGUGAUAAGAAAGAGCUUCUUCCUCUACGAGAAAGUAUGCAUAGCUGUGGAACUGAAUUCCGAACCGGGAGCAUCCAAGGAACUCGAGGAGCUCUGUUUGUACGCGGCUAAGGACGGCGUGAGUGUGGUGGCCGUCGACGUCACCACUAACGAAGUUAUUGGAGUCGCGUUCAAUAAAAUCCAAAUGUCCUCCAAUAGUUCAGAGAAAAGCUUCUUCGAACGCUUCAGUGAAAAUUGCCGAUACAAAUCAUCAAAAGCUCUGGUGGACUUCAUGAUAGAUGUGGAUUCGCGAACAAAUCUCUUCAAGCACUAUUAUGUCAACUGUAUUCUCGAGAUCAUGUUUCUGGCGACUCUGCCCAAUUACGGGAAACGACGAAUAGGUGAAAUGCUGGUCGCUUCUUCAUUGGAGCUUGGUAAAGAGCUGAGACGUGGCAAAAACGUGAGAAUACCUAUCACGAUACAAGGUAGCAACAAAGUGACGAACGCCGACGCAGUGCCGACCUUGGUCUCCGCUAUCAUGACGUCCAAUUAUUCCUAUCAAAUUGCGAUGAAAUUGCAUUUCGACCAGCUUUUGAAAGUUCCGUACGAUGAGUACGAGUACAACGGAAAGAAAUAUAGCGAAAGAAUAAAUAACCAGGAACACCGACAGUGUGUCUUGGUAGCUAAAAGGCUCUCCCCGAUGUAGACAAUAAUUGCGCCAGUAGUUUAUGGUUAGGAAAGCCACUCGCAUUAUAAAGUUUGAUUAGAUUUAGGAGUAAUGUACAAUAAAUGAUUCUCAAUAAGUAAAUUAAAUUUUGUCCCAAAAAUCAAGAUAAUGCAUGUUAAGAUUAUUUAUUGAUUCACCCAAAUAAAUUAGAAAUAAUAAUAGAUAUUAUAAUGUAAUAGGCACAAAUUUUUAUGAAUAACUUCAAUCUUACUCGAUAGAAUUACUAUACCGCGCGAAAAACAGCCUGCUGACCGAAUGAACGGCAUUUUAUAACUAAGAAAUUUAAUUUUUCGAGAAAAAUGAUUAAUAAUUGCAAUUUUUAAAGAAAUAGAUCGACUAGUUUUAAUAGGAAAAGAUAUUACAAAAGUUUUCUAAAAGUAUUUCUUUUUUGAAACGAAUUGCAGGUAACCUGAAGAAGAAAAAUAAACGAUUAUGUAGUUGGGGUUAUAGAUAUCAAUCAAGCUGUACGAAAGUGUUCAUCAAUU